CGUCCACGGGUCUCUUUUUCGUAAUCAGGCUUGAGAUGAUCAGCAGUCCAAGCUGAAUAUAAAAACUCUUGCACAUGCUGGGUGACGCGGUAGUCCAAAUGCCCACCGACCUCCGCCCGACCUCCACAUUUGAGCUGGACUCGCCGCUGGAGCCCUCGCACAGACCGAAAGGCAUCACUCGACUGACCGUGGAUGUAACCUCUUCCUAUAGCUCUCAAGUCAAAGCACAAACCCACCCCGCGCCGAGAUGGAGGACACCGGAGUUCAUGGUGUACUACGUGACGUUCCUGUGCGUGGUGCCGCUAAUGGUUUGGAUACCCUAUACACUAAGCUCGCCGUCGCAUCCUAAUUACCCAUACUACGAGCGCUCAUUAUCCCCUGGCUGGUUAUUCGGUAGACGAGUGGACAACAGCGACAACCAAUACAGAUCUUUUCGGAAUGGCCUCCUCCCUCUCACUUUGCUCGCGAGCGUACACUUCGGUCUAAAACUACUCUACGCCGUCCUCACGCGCAAGGCGUCCUCCCUAUCGGGCUCGAAUAAUCUCUACCGCAUACCCUUCCUAGUCGUGUUCUGUACUGCGAUGCUCUUCGGCCUGCACGGCGCGAGCGCACUCAAAGUCUUUGCCAUCCUCUCCGCCAACUACGGCAUCGCGAAGACGUGUAAGGGCUCGAAAGCGGGGCCCAUCCUGACGUGGAUCUUCAACGCGCUCGUUCUCUACGCGAAUGAGAGGAACAGCGGGCAUAGAUUCGAGCAGCUACAUCCCAUCUUCGCGUCUUUGGACGCAUGGCAGGGAAUCUACCCGCGGUGGUACAUCAGCUUCAACAUCACUAUGCUGCGCCUCGUAUCGUUCAGCAUGGACUAUUAUUGGGCGUGUAGGGGCGUUGGCCUGCCUGAGACUUCCUUGUCAGAUAAACAUAGGCCAAGAGUCAACCACAGCCUAGACACCUACUCGUUUCUCAACUAUAUUGCGUACGUGCUGUACCCACCCUUAUAUAUAGCCGGACCUAUCAUGACAUUCAAUGACUUCAUGUGGCAGCUGAAAGCACCACUUACUAUCACCUGGCGGACUGUGCUCGGCUACCUGGGUCGUUUCGUGGUGUGCAUUAUGACGCUGGAGAUGAUCCUGCACUUGAUGUACGUCGUCGCGAUCAAGGACCGUAGAGCUUGGGUCGGCUACUCAGCCGCGGAGCUCUGCAUGGUCGGCUUUUGGAACCUCAUCAUCGUCUGGCUCAAGCUCCUCGUUCCCUGGCGCUUCUUCCGCCUUUGGGCACUCGCAGACGGCAUCGACCCGCCAGAGAACAUGUUGCGGUGCAUGGCGAACAACUACUCGCCGCUCGGGUUCUGGCGCGCGUGGCACCGGUCGUACAACCUCUGGAUCGUGCGCUACAUCUACGUCCCGCUCGGGGGCGCGCGCAACCGCGUCGCCGCGAGUGUGCUCAUCUUCACGUUCGUCGCGCUGUGGCAUGAUUUGUCGUUCAAGCUGCUUGCGUGGGGAUGGCUCGUGAGCUUGUUUAUUCUGCCGGAGGUGGGGGCGAGGUAUUUGUUGCCAGCUUCGAAGUUUGGCGACAGGGCGUGGUACAGACACGUCGGGGCUGUCGGCGGUGUGCUCAACGUGCUGAUGAUGAUGACCGCGAACCUGGUUGGCUUCGUCAUCGGCACCGACGGGAUGAAGUACAUGAUGGAGCAAAUCGUGGGGAGCUGGCAAGGCAUCCGGUUCCUGUUGUUCGCUUGUGCAUGUCUAUUCGUUGGCAUCCAGAUAAUGUUCGAGUACCGGGAGGAGGAGGAGCGACAGGGUAUUGUUCGUCGUUGCUAACAAUUGCGGCUCCAAUGGACUUCGAUAGUGGUAAUGUAAUUUAUUUACUGCCGAUUAUACUGUUCGACAUGCUUU